AUGAGUAGGUUUGUGACCGGUGUAUCUGACCUAGUUAAGGAAGAGUGUCGUAUGGCAAUGCUUCAUGAUGACAUGAACAUUUCUACACUCAUUGUGUAUGCUCAAUCUAUUGAGGAGUCCAAACUUAAGAGGAAGAGUAGAGAGAUGAAAAGGUCUAGGCUCAAUGAACAAAGUCAACCAAGGUCCAAGAGGAGGUUCUCCAACCAAGAUUCCCAAAUGGUCAACAAUGAUAGGGUGUCUAACACUAAAUCUCAAGGAUGGUAUGGAAAUGGUUCUUCUUUUGAUAGGUCUAGAUGUGCCAAGUGUGGGAAGCAACAUUUGGGUAAGUGUCUUGCCGGCACAGAUGGGUGUUUUGGGUGUGGAAAGAAGGGUCAUAAGAUGAGAGAUUGCCCAACACUCUCGGCAAAAGGAAGGGAUGAUAAUCAAGCUUCUCUUGAUGGUUCAGAUCCUAAUGCCCCAAAGAGAAACCGUUUCUAUGUGGUUCAAGCUAACAAGGACAAAAGAGCUAAUCUGGAUGAAGGCACCGGUAAGUGA